CAUAGGAGCUCAGUGUGGUCACACACACAUGUGAGGACACUUUGGGACUGACCGAACAAGGAAAGGGACACGUCCCCUACCGUCACGCUCUCAAUGGUUCCCAGAAAUCCUGUCUGCGCAAUAUUGUUUUGCAGGGGGAAUGUCACGGUCCCACGCGCUGACUUUUGAGGGUACGAACCUGAGCUCAGGCUGAGGGCCUCGAGCAGCUGAUCCGCAGCGUGCAGCGGUGGUCUUCCAGGGAGGGACCCGCGCAGCUGUGCCAUCCCAACCCGGGCCAUACCACCCUCCCCCGCUGGAGGAGGAGGGCGGAGCGUCGGGGCCGGGACCGGGGCGAGCGCGACAACGAGGCCGCUUUUUAGGCGCGUUCCCGCCGCGCUCUGGCGGCUCUCCAGUCCGUGGUGCUGCGGCGCGCUGCCGAGGUUUCCUCCCGCUUUCCCAGGCUCUCAGAUAAGUUCGCGCACUGCAGCCAUCCAGGCAUCAGCGUGGAGAGACGGGGCCGCGCAACAAGGAGAGUCGCAUUCCCGCUUUUUUUUUGCAACCUACUGCCCCCCCCCCCCAGCCCUCCUUACUGACUGGCCGCGUUCGAGGGAUUUUAAAUGAAGUUUUAGUAAUAGUUCCCAAACUUUGGCAUAAACUAUGUGGCGAGGCGCGACUUAGUUGCCGUUAGUUUUCCACGCAGAAGAAGGAAACGUCGUCGUCAGAAAAGCCUCGCUUACUUCUCUUCUGUCGGGUUGUUUGUUCGCUUGGCGCGCGCGUGUGUGUCAGAGCGGAGCGCGCGGGCAGGCUGCGCUCGAGCCGUGGCGGCGCGUGACGGCGGAGGCACAGACGCGGACAAGACCGGACCGGACAGCACGCAGGACAGCAGCGCGGCGGUGGGCCACUUCCCCGGCAGACCACCGGUCAAGGAUGCCAGCAUGUCCCCUGUGAGCAUCUCCCGUCUCCUCCUCGUGUGCCUCGCCCUCCACAGACUGGCCGUGACCGUGGCCGUGGGUACUAUUGGCACCGGCGCGGGCGCGGGUCGCGAGCGCUUCCGAGUGGUCAUCUCGCCACUCAUCUGCAGGAGGACGUGCGCGAAGGGACGCUGCCACGACACGUGCGAGCAGGUGAACAACACGACGCUGGUGGGCGAGAACGGCCGCGUGACGGACACGCUCACGGGACGCGGCUUCAAAGUGGUAGUGUGUCCCCACAUGUGCAUGAACGGGGGGGUGUGCACCCCGCACGGCCCCUGUCUGUGCCCCCCCGGAUUCACGGGCCGAUUGUGCCAAUUUCCACUGCACCAGACUCACGAGGCGCAGUCUGCGCGGGGCGGCCAGCUGCCCAUCUACCCCUUGCCAUCGGUGCCUGCUGGCCAGAACCCGAGGGACCAGCCCGGUCCACCCCGGCCAAUGACCCAGACCCACUCUGUCUUCAGGCUGCCCCUGACGCCGGGGACCGGGCAUCAUUCCUCGGAAGUGCAGCUUAACGUUCGUGUUCAUCAUGAUCCGGACACCUCCGUCGUCAUCCAUCCUUUCGACCAAUCGGAGGCCAAGCCCGUCCUGAAACCAGGACCCCGCCCACUGCCCCAAACCCAAAAACCCCGGGGGCGGUGCUUCCAGGAGACCACACCCAAACAAGCUUGCAGCAGUAACCCCCUGCCUGGACUCACCAACCAGGAGGACUGCUGUGGCAGCGUGGGCAAAUCCUGGGGGCAAAACAAAUGUCAUAAAUGCCCCAAGCUUCCAGACCCUGGGGUCCACAAACUGUCCAUCAUCGAGGACUAUGGCUCCACUUGCCCACAGGGCUAUAAAAGGCUCAACAGCACACACUGCCAAGACAUAAACGAGUGCACCAUGCAGGGCGUAUGCCAGAACGGCGAGUGCUUGAACACGCAGGGCAGCUUUCGGUGUGCCUGCAAGCCCGGCUACCUGCUGGAGUGGACACGAUGCGUGGAGCAGCCAGGGGAGCUGGGACCAUGUUUCCGCAUGGUGGCCGACGGGGGUGAGUGCGAGCACGCCCUGCCCACCAUGCUGUCAAAGGAGAUGUGCUGCUGCACAGUCGGCAAGGCGUGGGGCAGCGGGUGCGAGAGGUGCCCGCAGGAUGGGACAGCCUCCUUCAGUAAGAUUUGUCCUGCUGGGAAGGGUUACAUCGUGCAGAGCUACCGGGAGACGCUGUCCUUCCAGCCCCACACGCUAGAACAAGAAGUAAAGUUCCCACCGCUGGAGCCUGAGGCUGAAGAGGUGACCACUGAGACCCCAACCGACAGCCCACCUGUACCUCAGUUUCCAGUGAUCAGGGCAAAACCAACGCCUCCCCCCAUCGUGGAGGUCCCACCGGAGAGGAGCUACAGCCCCCUGGAGGUGGGGGAAACGCAACCACCACGAACAGACGAGUGCCGGCAAAACAGGAACAUCUGUGGGCACGGCGAGUGCAUCAACGGACUGGGUGGCUUCAGCUGCCACUGCUACAGCGGGUACCGCCCUCACAGCCAGAGGAAGAGCUGCGUGGAUGACAACGAGUGUGAGUUGGACCCAUGUGGUCCAGGAAAGGGGAUUUGCAUCAACACUGCGGGCUCGUACAGAUGCCACUGUAACCAUGGAUUUCAGCAACAGGUCCUCCUGGGAAAGCUCACAUGUGUAGAUAUAAAUGAAUGUGCCAAGCCACACAUCUGUGGAGAGGGGGGUCACUGUGUCAACCUGCCAGGGACAUACAGGUGUCAGUGCAAGGAGGGCUACGGAAGCGCGUCGCAGCGACAACCGGUUUGUGAAGACAUAGACGAGUGCCUGGACCCCAACGCAUGUCCCAAUGAGCAGUGUGAGAACACGCAGGGUUCCUACGAGUGCGUGCCCUGUCAGCCUGGACACCAGGCCCGCGUCGGUGUCUGCUAUGAUAUUGACGAGUGCCAGGAACAAGACAUUUGUCCCAACGGUCGCUGUGAGAACCUGCAGGGCACCUACCGCUGCCUGUGCAAUGAAGGCUUUGUGCCCGAGCCCAACAGCAAGGGCUGCAGAGACAUCGAUGAGUGCGAGGAUGACCGGCUGUGUGCAAAUGGGCACUGCGUGAACACCGAGGGCUCCUUCCUGUGCCAGUGCUAUCCGGGGUAUCAGCCCACUCAGGAAGGCAGCCACUGUGAAGACACAAAUGAAUGUGAGAAACAUAAUUUCUGCCAGAGGGGACACUGCAUAAACACAAUGGGAUCGUAUCGUUGUGAAUGUCAGAAGGGCUUCCAGCUGAUCAACGGGAGACGCUGCCAAGACAUUGACGAGUGUGCCGAGGACAGGGGCCUGUGUCAGCCUGGUGGAGUGUGUGAGAACCAGCAGGGCACCUACGUCUGCGUGUGUGGCGAGGGCUACGUGAACUCGGACGACGACCACAGCUGCGAGAAGGUUGAGGUUGAUGUGGAAGAUAAGAAGGAAUGCUACCUGAACCUGGAUGACACAGUGUUCUGCGACAGCGUGCUGGCCACCAACGUCACCAAGCAGGAAUGCUGCUGCUCCAUUGGCGUGGGAUGGGGGGACCAGUGCGAGAUCUUCCCUUGUCCCGUAUACAGCUCUGCAGAGUUUAGCUCCCUGUGUCCCAGCGGCCGAGGGUUCUACUAUGAGCACAGCAUGAUGGCCUACGGCUUGCCUGUACAUAGGGACAUUGACGAGUGCGUGCUCUUCGCCGAUGAGAUCUGCAAGGAAGGCCGCUGCAUGAACACCCAGCCAGGCUACGAGUGCUACUGUCAGCAAGGCUUCUACUAUGACAGCAACCUACUCGAAUGCAUCGAUGUAGAUGAAUGCCACGACAAGUCGCUUUGCACUAAUGGGCGAUGCGUGAACACCCGAGGUUCGUUCUACUGUGUGUGCAACCCUCCCUGGACUCCUGACACCUCGAAAAAGAAGUGUGUGGUGCCCACGUUCACAGGUGUGGAUGAGUGUCAGGACCCUGCCAACUGUAGAAAUGGCCGUUGCGUGAACACACUGGCAUCUUACUACUGCAUCUGCACCCCACCCUGGACCCUGGCCACGGACCGCAACAGCUGCAUUCCCCCAGAGGAGCAAGGAGAUGUGAAUGAAUGCCAGGACCCUUCGUACUGUAAGAAUGGAGUGUGUCUCAACACGCCUGGCUCCUUUCACUGUAUUUGCACUCAGCCUCUCACCUUCAGUGCGGCGCUGAAACAGUGCGUCUAUGACGACCGGACUGCUGCCCAUAAGGACAUCUGCUUCCUCCAGGUGGACGAGGACCUCAUCUGCAGCAUGCCCCGCAACGGCCACAUGGUGACCUACUCCGAGUGCUGCUGCCACUAUGGGCGUGGCUGGGGGCCCGAGUGCCGCACCUGUCCCCAGAGAAACUCAGUGAUGUUCAGCCGACUCUGCGAGAUGCACCUGGACACAGAGUCUGAUGGUGAAGCUGACUUCCUUGUUGCGCUUGCCAACUACAAGCCCGGAGGAGACAGCUCAGAGGAAGAUUCGGACGAGUGCAGCUGCGCAAACGGUCGCUGCGUGCGCUCCUACCUGGGCACCAUGUGCGAGUGUAACCCCGGCUUCCGCCUGGACCACUCACGAACCCGCUGCCAAGAUGUCAAUGAGUGUGCUGAACUGGACCUACGGAAGAGCUGCAAGAACUCCCGCUGUGUCAACACCCUUGGCUCGUACAAGUGUGUCUGCCUUGCCGGCUUCGUCCCCUCACGCCGGCCCAACCUCUGCAUCCGUCCACGUGCCUUUUAGCAGCACCCUGGGCCGUUACUCUGUCUGAGGUGCAGCUAUGACCCUUGUUGGCCAUUCCCGCUCCUUUCCUCUCUGCCGGUCCUCUCCAUUGUGGCGCAAAGUGAAGCAUUUUUCACCAAAGUUGCUUUUCAGACCUAAGAUGGGAUCUUCUAAGACAGGACAAUGUGUUUUUUUUUUUUUAAAUUUAUUAUUACUAUUUCUGACAAGCCUUGCCAACCUUGCAGUUGAGUGGUCGUACAUGGGAGACCAAGAAACAAGCAAAUCAAGCUGAACUGUCCCCAUAAGACUUCAUAUCACUUCAUUACUGCUGGUCGUCUUUCCUUCUUAUGUUGUUCUGUCUGUUUCGUUUUCACUCCAGUUUCUCAUACGAGUGAGAGUUCCUGCUGUCUACCUGCAGUGGACAGUUGUUUCCCUUUUUGAUGUCUGACCUCAGAGAUAACCAAAAAUCAGCCCUUUUUUGUCACAGAUCCACACUCCGUCGGCUCAUACUAAACGUCAGCAGUGCCGCAACCUCACCAUUACCGAAUGGCAGUUAUUUGAUGUUUUGAAGCUUCAGAUGUUUUUCAGAAAUAUUCACCAAAAAGAGGUGAUAUAUGUGAACCUUCUGUUACAAAGCACUUUAGAAGGGCUUGCAACCCUUAAAGUGCAAGCUUUUCUAAGAAAUAAACAUUUUCAAGAAAAUAUUACAUUUAUUGUCUCUUUGGCUGAAAAUCCUUCUAUCUAAUUGGGGUAUACUGUCAGUCUCCCUGCGCCUAGCAUGACCUUUAUUCCUCAUCACCAUCGAAUCUUUCACCAAAUUCAGGGUUAUGUGCCGAUUAGAAGUGUUCACAGCCCCCCUUCUUGGAAAUCUUCACAUUUCAUUGCCAUUUAUGUUGAUGAGUGGCAAAAAAAAACUCUUAAAUGCAUCAUGCUUCCAUGCUGUGGCACAGCAUAAAUUGGAAAAAGUUCAAGGAGGGUGGAUACUU